AUGACGUCGAUAUCGGAACAAAAGUAUACAACAUUGAGAAAACGUCUCGAUCAAUUUGGUUUCAAACAACCAUUAGCAAUUGAAUCAUUACCAUUGGUAGAAAAACUUUUCCAAGCGUUUAUUCAAACAACUGAAGAACUCAAGAAAGCAAAAGAAAAUCCACCAGCAGCGUAUGCACCACCUCCACCAGCAACAUCGUCCUCGACAAACGGAGUAUCAUCUGCUCAUCCUUAUAAAAACGACAACGCUCGUUUGGUAAAAGAGAACAAUGAUCUACAUCUGGAGCUAUUGAAGGCUCGCGAGCAACUCGACCAUCAUGUGAAAGAAUUCAAAAGUCAGUUGAGAAAGCUCGAACAUGAAAAUGCUGACCUUCGUUUCCUGAAUACCCAAUACAUCCAUCGACUUCGAACAUUGGAAAAAGAAUCUCGUCAGAAAGACAAUAAAAUUCUCGAAUUACAGGAGAAGAACUUUCAAGCUGUUGUUCAAACACCAGGUGGAAAUAAGCAUACGAUUCCAUUCCGUCGUCAACGCUUAGAUAUCGAUGAAAUGCUACCUGAAUCCUCUUCAUCACAACGAACAUCUCUUCAACAACUACCCUACGUCAAUGAUCCAUACAUCAUCGACAUUGUGAAAGUCACUGAGGAUCGCAUUGCUGAACUGGAAGUCGAAUUACAACAACAAAAACAACAUACUGACGAAGUCGAAACCAAAAUGACAAAUCUUAAAUAUCAGGUUGAAAAUCGCGAUCGGGAAAUUGAACGACUUCAUCGAGUAUUGGAUGGUGGUCGAUCAGCGGAUACUCUUUCACUUGAAUCAAGACUGAAAAGUAAUGAAAAAGUCAUUGCUAAUCAAAGUGCACAAAUUGACUUCCUUCAUGAAACCAAUCGGGCACUAGAAAGACGUUUACAAGAAUUGACCGAAUUGAAACGUAACCUAUCCGACAAACAGUUCGAAGAACGCCUUCGAAAUACUGAUCUACUUCGAGAUCUCAAGGAUAUUGAUCGCCUUGCACGUAAAGUACAAGCCGACAAGGACUUUACUGUUGAAGCAGCCGAUCGAGAACUGAACGAAGCUAAGAUCGAAAUUCAACAAAAUCAUCGCGAAAUGCAAUCACUCGACACCAGAGUUGCUUGUUUAACAGCGGAAAAGAAGAGUUUAUUGGAAGAAGUCGAUGGAUUGCGAAAUCAAUGUGCUGAACGUAAUAACGAAUUGGCUCAUGCGCAAGAACUUCUCGAACGUACGCAAGCAGAAAAAGCAAAGUUAAGUCGUCGCGUAUCGAAAUUAGUCCUCAAUGAAAAAGAUCUUCUUCAAGAAUUACAGAAAUGUCGUCGCACAACUCGAGCUCCAACUCCGACAGCGACUGGCGCUUCAUCAUCAAAGAAACUUUCUCUUCCAGCGCGACUCGAUCUUCAUCUGAAGAACGUCGAAGAUGAACGUGAUAUGUAUAAAAAUGAAACGGAAAUUCUUCAGAAAUUACUUAACGAACGUUCACGUACUACCGGCUCAUCAUCACCGUCGAAUUCACGGCCACGCGGCCGAUCACUAUCUCCAACGCCUGGUUCACGUACAACCGCUCGUCGUGAUAUUGCAACUUCACCUGUCAUUCAAUAUAGUCGACGAUCUGGAAGCAAUGGUAGCGCGUCACCGACACGUUGUACUGUUUGUGGAAUCCAUCGAAAUCGAUCGUCACCAACACGAGAUUUGACUGUGUAUGAAAGUCAAUUGAGAAAUGUGGAAGAAGAACGCGAUCGUUUUCGAAAGGAACUUAGUAAAUAUAAACGUUUAUCAAAGGAUAAAGAUGGUGAUGAAUCUCAAUUGGCUAAAGUAAUACGAGAGAAAGAAGAUCUACAACUGUUGUUAAACAAGUUCGAGCGUCACAUGGGAGAAAUCCAAGGCAAUAUAAAAGUUCUCACCAAUGAAAGAGAUAACCUAAGUGUUCUCUAUGAGCAGGCGAAAGAAGAACUACAGAAGGCUCGUCACGAUUUUCUUCAAUGUGCGCAAACACCGAAAGUAUCUCUUGCUGCUCAAGCAAUUUUACGUAAAGUCGAAAAUGAACGCGAUGCAGCCCUGGUCGAAGCACGUUCAAGCAUGAACGAACGUGACACGCUACGAGAACGCUUGCGAAUUGCUACGGAUACAAAUCUGACUGAACGUGCGCGAUUGGAACAACGCAUCGAAGAUCUUCAACUUGAAAUACGAAAACUGGACAAUGAUCGCGAAGAACUUCUUCAACAAAAUCAUUUACUACGAGAGCAAAUCAAAGAUUUCGAGAGUAAACUUGACGAACAAUUAUUUACGACUUCUCAGUUAAAUCAAGAACUAAAUGAUCAAAAAACCACGUCAUCACAAUUGAGAUUCCUUUCCGAAGAAGCAGAACGGCUCGUUCAGGAAAAUCAGAGACAGCUGAACUUGAAGAAAGAAGAACUUCGAGUACAAGAGGAGAAAACUCUUCGACUCGAAAAGAAACUUCUCGAUUUACAAGAAACGAACAAAGAUAUCAAAGACGAUUUUCAUGUUGUCCGUGCAACUGUUCAAACACUGGACAAAGAAAAAGAUCGUCUAUGUGGUGAACUCGAUCUCAAGGCUGAAGAAAAUCUACACUUAAUCCAAGAGAUCAACUCGAAAACACGCCGAAUCGAUGAAUUAACAAUGAUGAUCACAGAGUUAGAAGCAGCACUCGAUCGUUCGAAAGAUGACACCAAGCAAAAGUUAAAAGAAAUCACCAGUAUGCGAAUGCAAUUAGAUCGAAAUUUAGAAGAAUUGAACGAGUAUCGACGCAAACUCGAUCUUAACGCACGGGAAAACAAACGAUUACAAGAUGAUCUUCUCACAGUAACACGAGAGAAUCAAACAAUUCAUCAAGAACUUGAACAUGCGAUCGACGACAAAGAAAAUCUGAAAUUACAAGUUCAAGAAUACAUCAAAGAAGUAUCAAAAUGCGAAACUGUUAUUACACAAAAAGAAAACGAUCGAACAACACUAUUCGAACAAUAUCGUGAAGCGACGAAUGAGUUGAGUCGGGCGAAACUAAUUCUCGCCGAUAUGGAAUCUCAAGCUGCUGGUCUCAAACAAGAACUACAAAUCAGAGCAGCUGAUAUGAAACGUUUCACCGAACGUAUCGAUUAUCUCGAACGCGAACUUCAACAACAUAUCUCUGUCGGUCACGAAUACGAAAUUCAGCUAUCGAAUAUGAAUCGUUCGUUACAACGUAAUGAAGAAAUUAUCAAGCGAUUGCAGGCAGAGAAACAAAACUAUGCAAGUGAAAUAUCGAACAUUCGCGAUUUGAACUCGACAGUCGAGAACAAGAAGGAACAGAUCAUUCGCGAAUUAACAGGCCGAGAAAUUGAAAAUGAACAGUUGCAAGCAGCGAUUAGUGAUAUGAAAUUAGAAAUCGAUAUGUUACAUACGCAAAUUAAUAACGAAAAAGCUAUGGUGCGAACUCUAGAAGAAAUCAUUAGUUCAUCGCGUGAAAAAGAAUUUCAAACGCAAAUUCAUACACAAGAAAAAGAUUCCGAACUACAAUUAUCCCGAGAACGAGCAAAUAUGAGUGAUAUAAAAAUACAAAGUCAAGGAAAAGAAAUUGCAGCAUUACGUGCACAAGUUAUCGGACUGGAAUCUGAUAAUGAUCGACUUAAGCGACAGUUAACAAGUGAAAGAUUCGAAAGAGAAAAAGCAGCUCAGGAUCUACGAAAAUUAACCGAUCUUACAUCGAAUAUUGAUUACGAUUCUCGAUAUCGUAGUACAUCACCGAAGUUGACGUCGACUGUGACAAGUACGAGUGCACAUCGUUCGUCGACAAGAAACUAUUCUCCUGGACGCACUGAACUCCCUCAAACAUCGCCAACUAAGAUCUCGGUGUCGCUGAAAGUUUCCGAACUUAGUAGAAGUCGGGAAACUCUUCCAGAGACUAUCGAUAAUUCCAGUGUCCAUAACAAUAACUCGACUGAUGAUACUGGUGUUGAUCGUUCGUGCAGUUUAUGUGUUGAUACAACACCAUAA